AUGUUCGACUUCAAGCAACCAAUCGAGAAAGUUCUUGAUGUGGAGUUGGCCGUUGAAACUAGGAAGAUCGACUUUCAUCAUGAAUUCUCGAUCCUUUCGAUCGAUCAAAUCACUGCCUCAUCCAGGAUAUUGCGAAAUUAUGUCGUUAAAUCCUACCUUCUUGGGUACAAUUACGACCAUUAUUUGGUUGAUUAUGUGGUGUUGACUGGUUUUUUCGAUUAUCCACAAGAUUCUAAGGAGGAAGUGAUCGAAGAGGGCUGUAACACAGGAAUCCUGUGUCCAAGGGGCUCUAAUCGCAGAGUUAAGGAGACGAAAAGGUGGAGGAGAAGAAAUAUCUCUUUGUCAAUCGCGAUGGAGUGUGGAGGAACGCUGUCAGAAAUCUACCAGAGCUCGAGGCAUCUGCUUCUUCGAACGCGAGACGGACUGGAGAGGCUGGAACGCCUCGAUGCAUCUUCCUCUUCUUUCUCUUCAAAUGCCGUCGACUCUCCUGACCUCGCCUUCUCUAUCAAGAAAGACAUCUCUCAGAUCCAAUCCCUUUGCGUCGAGAUGGAUCGGAUGUGGCGCUCCAUCUCCUCCAAAGGCCAAAGAGAUCUCUGGAAAAGAAAAGUGGAGCAGGUAGCAGAAGAGGUCGACUCUUUGAAGGAAAGCCUGGAUAAACAUUUACUACGCAAUCAAAAACGGAUGCUGGAAGCUAAAGAGAGAGCAGAAUUACUGAAAAGAGCUAACGGGGAGUCUGCUCAUGUUCUAAGAAUUUUUGAUGAGGAAGCACAAGCGAUGCAGUCAGCCCGGAAUUCAUCGUUAAUGCUGGAUGAAGCUUAUAAUACAGGAGUGGCUGUUCUUACAAAAUAUGCAGAACAAAGGGAUCGUUUGAAGAGAGCGCAACGGAAAGCACUGGACAUCCUCAACACGGUGGGACUCUCCAACUCUGUGUUGAAGAUUAUUGAGAGGCAGCACCGUGUCGACAAGUGGAUUGCUUAUGCAGGUAUGAUAAUGACUAUCAUUCUUGUGUAUGCGUUUUGGAGGUGGACGCAUUGAUUUGAGGUUUUGCAUGUACAUUGGCACUUUCUUUUUUUGGGUAAAAAUGUUUCUGGGGCUUUAGAUAAUAUCAAAUAGUAAGAUCAGUAAAGAGCCUAAUGAAGACUUGUCAACCAUUUAUGGAAAGAUACAAUGUCUAUACUGGCCUUAUCAAUAAAAACUAAAAAUUCAGUUUAAAA